AUGGCGCCGCUGCGGACCGUCGGAUCGUCGUCCACGAGCAUUCUCCCGCUAAUCAACGCCAGCCACGUGUCCUCCAUCUGGCACGACAUCCUCCUCAUUCCGCCCCCGCCUCCCGCCAACGACUUCUCCUCCCCCUCCCCGCGCCACCCGGGCCCCCCCUUCCCCGCCUGCACCUUCUCCUUCGUCUGUCGCUCCGCCAAGUCUUCGUCCGCCGAUUGCGGGCCCGGGAGCCGAAAGCUUCGUCGCCGCGACGACCCCCUUUUCCUGCGGGAGAAGCGAAAGGUCGUGUUGGGCCUAGACGGCAGUCAUUCGCUCUUAACGGCGUGCGACAACGUACCGCUUGAAGCGCUCGAGAUUGGGUCGCAAGCGCGCGAACCUGGCGACGUGUACGACGUUUUUCCUCUUCUGGCGAUGCCCCUGCGACUGCUGGGGGCGGAGCGUAACAGCAUGCCGAUUUCGUGGAGGAUUGUCACCAUCGCAGCGGACGACGAGCUGGUGACUAGUGGGCAGCUGAAACAUUCCCUCGGCGAUUUACUGGAUCGUGUUCGCGAGUGUGCGAACAAAACGGAAUUCUUUUGCGAAAUCGUGGCACCAGGUAAUGCGCCAAUCUGGUUUAUUCGACCAUCUUGUCUCCUUGCUCUCCUUCCUAUUCCCCUGAGACUACCCUCCCUCUCUCUCACUCACCUCCCUCUCUCUCACCUCCCUCUCUCUCACCUCCCUCUCUCUCACCUCCCUCUCUCUCACCUCCCUCUCUCUCACCUCCCUCUCUCUCACCUCCCUCUCUCUCACCUCCCUCUCUCUCACCUCCCUCUCUCUCACCUCCCUCUCUCUCACCUCCCUCUCUCUCACCUCCCCCUCUCUCACCUCCCUCUCUCUCACCUCCCUCUCUCUCAUCUCCCUCUCUCUCACCUCCCCCUCUCUCACCUCCCCAGCCCUUUAAAUAUUUCUUCGCUCCUUCAUUCCGUCCGUUGCUUCGUUGUCGCUCCCCCAAUCCCUGCUUUGGCGCCUCCCCCUCUCUUUCUCUUCCACAAGCAGCAGAAGAAGAGGCGCGGGAAAGACCCGCCCGACUCCAAGGCUUGCGAACGAAGAGCCUGGAGAGGGGAGCGUGGGGCGGAGGAAGCGGAGGAAGCGGAGGAAGCGGAGGAAGCGGAGGAGGAAGAGCCCUGA